GCCCGAGCAGCAGCAUCUGGGGGGCGGCAGGGAGCAGGCGGGCGGUCAUUGGCCGAGUGGGCUGCGAGGCGGAGGGAGGGGAGACGUGCAGCCCCGCAUUGAGUUCCCGCCGCCCAGCUUGCGCUGGCUGCGCCAGGCUUGCGCCCAACAUCCUUGCAGACAGACGCUUUUCAGGCGAGACCCGGGAGCCUUCAUGGAGCCAGGAGGUGCGCUCCUUCCAUCCUGAAGUGUCAAUGGACAUCUGAUUCCCUGCUGCCUUUGUUUGAAAAACAAGAAAUUUUGUUGUUCUGAUUUAAUAGACUAUGAUUUUUGCUGAAAUGAUCCUGGGGAAAAAUGCUGAUACUGUCCUGUUGACCUUUGUAUGAAACUGACUUUUGUUAUACUUUUAUGUGCUUUGAUCCUUCAUAAAGAUGUCUGAACAUGACACUUCAUCUGUAUUUUCUGGAACUGUGGAGAAUGGAACUUUCCUUGAGCUGUUUCCUACAUCCCUAUCCACAUCAGUGGACCCUUCUUCAGACCAUCUGUCAAAUGUCUACAUCUAUGUAUCCAUAUUCCUCAGCCUCUUAGCAUUUCUGCUUCUGCUUUUAAUCAUUGCUCUCCAGAGGCUGAAAAACAUCAUUUCCUCCAGUUCCUCCUACCCGGAAUAUCCAAGUGACGCUGGGAGUUCUUUCACCAAUUUGGAAGUCUGCAGUAUUUCCUCUCAAAGGUCCACUUUUUCAAAUCUUUCAUCAUGAAGAAGGUGGAAAAAUUCUUGAAUGCUACAGCUGCAUAGGUUUACCCUAUAAUACACGAAAGAAUUAUCUUCUGCAAGAACUAACCCUUUACAACCAGUUAAAUUUGUGACAUGUGCACUUAACCAGGUGUGCCACUGCCCGCCCCAACCAGUUAAAUUUGUUUCUCCUCCUCUAUUUCUCUCUUUUUUCCUGCUCAUAAUGCUUUUAAUUCAUGAUGGCAGGAGCUGAUGCUGACAGAAUUGUGUGCAAACUUACAGGUGCAGACUUUUACACAAAACAUUUGAUAAUGUGCAUCUGGCUUCUUCAAGGUUCAACAGUUCAUUCUACUCAUUUGGACACCUUACACAGAACACAGCUAAAGCAGGGUGGCCAUGGGUACUGCCCAUGAAUGCUUGUACCCUGUUUCUCUUAAACAACUGUGAAGCCAACCAAAAACAGCAAAAACAGAUGAGAUGUAAUCUGAACUAUCUGGAAGAUAAUUUACUAAUUUAGCAGAUGCAUUGGAAACACCAAGUUUUAAAAACAAUCAAUUUGGGUUUUAUGUAUGACAUUUCUAAACCUGAAGGUACAAAUAAGCUCAGUAUUUAAUUUUACUUUGAUAGGAAAUUUUAAAAAAUCUCAUUUAUUGAUGAAUGAUAUCAUGUUGGGUAAAGUUUUGGAAGAGUUUGACUUUCAGUACCAAGGCAAGAUGUGUUAUGGUGCAGUUUAUAAUGUAUUUCUGCCUCUGAAGGUUUUUUUUUUUUUCCUACUUAUGUUAUAGUCACAAUGUUCUAUAGUUGUGGGAUUCUUUGUUCCUAUAACUAAUAGAAUCAUCCCAAUAGGUAUCAAGUUUUAAUUUCACGUCAAUAAUUGAUAUCAGUGGGAACGAAGCAUACAGAAAAAUACUAAUUCCUUUGUGUUUUAUACAGUAAUAACUCCUGGCAGGAAUGUGUCUUCCUCUGCUCAGUUUCAUAGUCUUUAUCAUUUUAGUGCAGAAUUAUAUUAGGCUUCUAAGGUAUCAUAUAUUUAUUCACACAUGUUAGGUUGCCAAACAUAGAGACUAAAUUGCUAAGAUACAUGUAAUAUAUUCUCUAUGAAUGUUACAUGUCUUGAUAAUCAGUUGUUGUGUGCUCAUGCAAUACCCUGCAUUAGGAUUUAGGGCUAGGGUCCAUAUUCCACAUUGUUGGCAAUAAAAUUGUGUAGCUUUUGGAAGCUUAGUGA